AUGUCAUCAGAAGAUACUCCAACACCAAAUCUUUUUCUCGAUGAAUUUCCAGAUGUAGCUGCAUUUAAAGAUACUGCAUGUUCAAUGGUAGUGAAAUUAAUACGCUCAUCAAACGAUCUAUCACGUUCAAGUGAUCAUGAUUUUUUGAUGAGUUUUGCUCCACUUCGUCGUCGAAUGGAUACAGUUGCUGAAAAAGUUUUGCAAAAUAUGCAUUCUUUGUUACAACAACAAAAUUUAAGUCGUGAUCUGGGUAUUACAUCAUGGAAAGAAGCUGACCGUGAUGAUAAAAUAGAAAAAUUGAUCGACAUUAAUGAUAUUCUAUUUGAACGAAUUUCUUCAUCGCUCGAUGAAGCAGCAGGAUUAAAAAAAAAUUCGUCAGAAGUAAAGGCACUUAUUCCAUCGAUUCGAAAUGUUGCUGCAACAUGGAAUAGAGAAGUUGGAUUUAUUUUACAAGAAAACAUACCUUCAUUUAAACAACAAAAUAAACGAAAUUCAAGUACAUUUUCAAUUAAUCAUCAGCAAACAAAAAAUAUUCCGAAACCGCAAAUAAAAUUUACUGAUAAGGUCGACAAUAACCCUCAAAUACCAUUUAUUCCUAAACUUCGAACAAAACCAAAUGCUAUAGUUCCAUUAGCAAUGAUGUUAUCACAAUUCGAUGCUCGACCAUUUGAUAUGCUUCUAUUAGAUCGGCAUCCAGAAGUUUUACAACAUCCAUACUUCGAUGAAAUCGAAGCAUUUGAACCAAAUGACAACUUGUUAAAAGAAGUUACUCCACAGCUACCAAAAUCACUUGAUGAAACAAAAUACUUGUAUGUUGAUACGUCUGAUAAACUUAAAACAAUGAAUGAUCAUAUUGAAAAUCAAUCGGAGUUAGCAAUCGAUUUAGAACAUCAUUCUUAUCGUUCAUACCAAGGUUUUACAUGUUUAAUGCAAAUCUCAUCACGCACUGAAGAUUUUCUAAUUGAUACAAUUGCAUUACGAGAUGAAUUACAUAUUCUAAAUAAUAUUUUCACAAAUCCAAAUAUUGUUAAAGUUUUUCAUGGUGCCGAUUCUGAUAUUGAAUGGCUACAAAAAGAUUUUGGUCUUUAUAUUGUGAAUAUGUUUGAUACACAUCAAGCAUCGCGAGAACUUAAUUUACCAGCAUUUUCACUUGCUUAUCUAUUAAAAUCAUAUUGUGAUAUUGAUGCUAAUAAACAAUUUCAAGUAGCCGAUUGGAGAAUAAGACCUUUCCCAGAAGAAUAUCUUCGUUAUGCUCGAGAAGAUACACAUUAUCUUCUUUAUAUUUAUGAUUUAUUACGUAAUAAUUUAUUACAGAAGAGUCGUCAGUUUCUUAAUACUGUUUAUGAAAGAUCGAAGAUGAUCUGUCAAAAGCUCUAUAAAAAACCAUAUUUUGAUGAAGAUGCAUAUCAAAAUAUUUACAUAAAAUCUCGUAAAACAUUUAAUGUUCGACAAUUAGCUGCAUUGAAAUCUUUGUAUUAUUGGCGUGAUAGAAUUGCUCGUCAUGAAGAUGAAUCAACUGGAUAUGUCCUACCAAAUCAUAUGCUACUUCAAAUCGCAGAAAUUCUUCCAAGAGAAUCUCAAGGUAUUCGUGCUUGUUGCAAUCCAGUACCAGUCCUUGUUCAACAUAAUUUACAUGACAUACAUCAAAUUAUUUUGCAAGCUCGGGAUAUACCAUUGAUCGAAGAGCCAAAAGAACAUCAAAUAGCUCCAUUAACAUUACCUGUAUUAUAUGAUCCGGAAAAUGUUCUCAACUGCCCACAUGAUACGUCACAUCAAAGAGAGCCUCAACUUUUAACGAAUGUUAAUUCGACUAAAAUUCUUUCUAACGAUCUUUCAUCUAUUCUCGAUGAAACAUUUAUUGAAGAAUCCAACAAACGUGAUACAUUAAAUGAUUCAUCAUUACCAAUUCAAAUUAAAACACAGCUAUUACCAGUAUCAAAAAUUCGAUGGAAUAAAUCGACGAACAUAUUCGACAUGUAUAUGCCUGAAUCUUAUCGAACUGGAUCUCUGAUUAAAACAAAGUCAAUAUGGCAAGUUUAUUAUCCUGAUCGAGAUCCAUCAAUUAUCAGAAAAUCUGCUCAACAUGAUGCUAAUAAUCAAAAUGGUGAUGGUAUUCGGAAAGAAAAAUCGACUGAUGAUAUUGAAGUUAUUAUGCUUAAUAAACAAUCUGCAACAAAACGUAAAAGAAAAACAACGAAUGAUGAAAAUAAUAGUAAUAAAAUGAAAAAUAAAAAAUAUCGACGUGGUUGUGUUGCUGAUGAAGUACCAUCAACAAUUAAAUUAGAUAGUGACGAAGAUGAAGAAGAACCAGGAGAAAUUAUUGAUGAUGAGUAUCAACAAAAACAUGCAACAUUUCAACCUUACAAUUAUAAGGUUAUGAAUGAAGAUCAAAUUCUUUCAAAAAAAAAAUUUAAACGACCAGCCGACGAUGAAGAUAUCUACGAACCAAAUCGCCCGACAAGAUCUACAAAAGCCAGAGCCCCAAAACGACCUGGUGGCCAACAAACAAAUAAAUCGAUGUCAUAUCCAUUUCCAAAAAAGACAUAA